AUGUGCGGUGCUGCUAUUAUCAAUGAGGAUUGGGCAGUAACUGCUGCUCACUGUAUUAUUCUGUAAGUAAUAAGAUUUUUUUUUUUGCAAAAUGGAAUCUUGAUUUUCUUUCGUGUAUUUGAUAUACGUUCGGUUCAUAGAUUUGUCAAUGAUUCCGUUUCGAUAAACAUCCGUAGUGGAUCUAAUAAAUACGAUGCUGGUGGAGUUGUUCAUAAUGUAACGACACUUCUUUACCACGAAAAAUACAAUGAGCUUAAUAACGAUUACGAUAUUGGAUUAUUGAAGGUAUCUCCAUCGUUCAAAUUUGACAAUGCGACACAGCCUGUCAAGUUACCUGGAAAUGAAUCUGUUUACGCAAGUUGGGCUUCAAUUGCCGGGUGGGGCUAUUUUCUCGAUAUCAAGCCGAUGUUAUCAAAUGAUUUAAAAUACGUUACUGUACCGAAAGUGAAUAAAGAACAAUGCAGGAAGGACUACAAAGGCAGAUAUGAAGUGACAAAGCAUCAAGUUUGUUAUGGAUUUUCGCAAGGGGGAAAAGAUGCAUGCAAGGGUGAUUCUGGUAGUCCAUUGGUUAACAGGGACAAUAUCAUAAUCGGUAUAACUUCGUGGGGCGACGAUUGCGGUCAACCAUACUCACCUGGUGUCUAUACCGACGUUAUCGAUCUAGUAGAUUGGAUUAAAAAUAAAACUAUGUCAACUUUAUAA